CACACACGCAUUCUCAACACCAUCUGUCAUCCUUUGGCGAAUUUUUGGAAUAAGUGUCCGCACUAUGGCCUCUAUUCCUAUUAUCGACUUUAGCCUCUCUGUCUCUGACCCCAAGGAGUGUGCGCGGCAGAUCUACGAGGCUAGUAGAGACAUUGGAUUCUUCUACCUUAAGAACCAUGAUAUCGCUCCGGAGCUUAUCGAUCGUAUGUUUGACUGCAGUAAAUGGUUCUUUGAUAGGCCAGUCCAAGAAAAGAACCAAUAUCCCAUCGGACCAAAUAACUCUGGAUACUCUCCUAUGAAAUCUGAAACCUUGGAUCCCGAGCAUCAGACUCAAGGUGAUUUGAAAGAAGCUUUCAAUAUUACCAAAAAGUCAAUCGACGAUGAAUCAGCAAAGUGUUUUGUUCAAGGCAAUGUGAAAGAGCAGGCAAGAGUCGGCACUUUUUUCAAGGAUCUCCAUCGUCUCGCUAUAGAUAUUAUGAAAUGUUUUGCCAUCGCAUUGCAAGUACCGGAGAGUGCAGGAGGCCAGCAUUUUUUUGACAAAAGUCAUGAAUGGGAUGAGCCUUCAGGCACCACUCUUCGGUUUUUACAUUACCCUCCCCAGGAUAGCGAUCCAAAGACACCUUUAGCUGGAAGUCAUACUGAUUAUGGUUCUAUUACAUUAUUGAUGCAGAAGGAUACUGCUGGUCUUGAAGUUCAAGCAUCUAGGAUUCAUAAAGACGUACCUUGGAUAGCGGCACCUGUCAUCCCUAAUACCAUUUUGAUCAACAUCGGAGACCAUCUCCAGAUGUGGACUAACGGUUUGCUAAAGUCUACGAUGCACAGGGUCACUUAUAAUCCUCAACAGCUUCAUCACUCUCGUUACUCGAUUGCCUGCUUUAUUCAUGCUAAUGAUGACACCAGGCUGCGUCCUAUCCCUUCACCUCUCAUUCCACAGGAAAUGAGAGCUGAGGUUGAUGAGUUUGAGGCAGGUCGAAAUAUGACAGCAGGAGAGUAUCUGACAUGGAGACUAGAGCGAACAUAUGAUUUUUGGAAGAGUGAAAUCUGAAAAGUGGCUUUGAGUGUUGAAUUGCUCGGAAAAGGAAGGAGAGAGCCGCUG